AUGGCUGGGUUUGCUACGUCGUUGAGGGAGCAGUGUAAGGAGGAUUUGGAUGAUGGGAACUCUAGAGCCGUCAAUACUCUUAUUGCUCUCGAUGCCUACCCCUUAAUGCGCAAUGCCGGCUGCCAGAUCGACCCGUCUACGAAUACCUACUGCUUCGUGAACGCUGUUCACAACACCAAUCCCGCCGAUCUCUACUUCUACCAACUUGCGCUAGGCACGUCCUUUCCACGGGGGUCGGACCCUACCUGCUCCGCCUGCGCACGCAACCUCAUGUCUUUGUAUGCCGAGGCGCUGCAAAGCGACGGAACUAGUGGGACUGGUGGCCAAAAGGUCCUUACGGGACUGCGAAAGACGUACGAUGCGGCGGCGCAGAGGGCAGUGAAUCAGUGUGGCACGGGUUAUGCGACAAUGAACGUUGCUAGUUCGGCUUCUUCGCUGAUUGGUGAACGAAAGAACAGUGUCACGAUGGCAUUUGUGCUGGCAUCUCUCGUCUGGUUUGCAUUGCUAUGA